CUUGUUUGACCACAUCUUUGCCCUCGCUUGUGCUUUGACAGCGUGCGGUGCUGAACGACUUGUCACGUGAGACACGGCGCGUGAGGCAACAGCAAAAGAGAGUGAUGACGAAGGGAAACUCGUUUCCCGUCCGGCCCCCUGCUGCUGCCCGUUUUUCUGCCUUCCCGCUCCGCAUCACACCUAUAACUAUACCUACGUAGUAACAUACUCUGGGUCACACUCAGUAAGCUGUUAGCGCAGAGGUACAUAUCGCCUAUCCUCGCAACUACAAUGACGGACAUGGAGGUCGCCGCUCUCGCUACCGAUGCUGCCGCCACCGCUGACGAGGCUGUUGCAAGGAGGAAGCCGGGGGCGAAACGCAAUCCGGCCAUUACCGACAUGGUUAUGCACAGGAAGGAGAAGAACCGGCAGGCCCAGAAGGCUUUGCGAGAGCGCCGCUCUCAACAAGCCUUGGACACGCAAAUGGAGCUCAGAGCACUUCGCGGCGAAGUCACCGCACUCUCGCACGAACGAGGUCAACUAUUGCAUGAGCAUCGUCAAUUGCAGAGCUUGCUGGCGUUGGCCUUCUCCAGCUGGCUGCCGGAGGCAAACUUGGGCAAGGCGCCUAUGCCGCUCAACAACCCAAACUCUUAUGACGCGGUCAUGAUAGCAGCCAAAGCACUCGCCGAACUUCAAGCCGGUGGUGUCGCUCAACAAACAGCAGCACAUCCACCUUCUUCAAUGCCUCGGCCGGCCGAGGUCCACGCAGACGUUUCUGGCCAUCCGCUUCACCCGCAAACCGCGCAUCCACUUCCUAGUACGCCCGGUACCCCUACCACGUCGGCCGCGAUUCCUGGUGCCAUCUCGUCGUCGUCGUCCUUGGACAUGCCUCCUGCGCCCGCUUCUCCGGCAAACCCGCUUCCCGCCACCCCUGGAGAGCCGUCCCCUUUCCCUUCACCACCACGGCGUACUGCUUCCGUUGAAAGUCUGCAGAGCGUGCAAGACACGGAAGUCAAAUGGAGUUCUCCCUCCGUCGUCCUCAAAGAGCGUCUCGGCAAACUCGGUCCUCGUGCCCAUCUCCCAGCAGUGUGCGAAGAAUUGGUUCAUAGGGCCGUGUGUCGGGGCAACCCUUGGGAGGAAGCGGACUGGCACAUCCCGGCCGAUCUUUUUGAGCGAUCUAUUGCGAUGCAAUUAUUCUAA